AUGGUCACCGGCGUAGUCUACGUGCACCCGCGCAGCGCCUUCUCCGACUCCACCACAUCCCUCGCCUCCACAACGCCCCCCGACAAAUCCUUCCUCAAGCGCCUCUUCAACCGGCACCGCCCGCGGGCCACGCCCUCGCCCACGUCAUCCUCCACCUCCUCCUCCACCUCCACCUCUACCUCCUCCGCACUCACGACAACACAGCACACAUCGAUGGCGCCCUCGCCGCACACCCACCCGCUGCUGGCGAAGCCGUGCGCCCGCGACGAGCUCCGCCCCCGCACGCCGCUGGCAAAGUACUCGCACCUCGACGGGACCAUCUCGGCGGGCGGCGAGGGGUUCGUGCAUUCGCGCCGGGUGCUGGCGGGGCGGGAGAGGGCCGUGGAGGGGAGUGGUGUGGGGUUGGGGUUGGGGUCGGUGGGGCAGGGGCAGGGGCUGGGGCUGGGGCUGGGGCUGGGAGAGGGGCUGGGAGAGGGACGGUUCGUGCAGGAGUGGGGCUUCUUUAUAAAGUGCUAUGCGGAGGGACGGUUUAAUCUGUCGAACCCGCCGGACCCGCCGCCGAGACGGGCGGGGUUCGAGUAUCUUGUUGCGCCGACGCCGCCGGGGGAGAAGGCGAGGCUCGAGGCAGUCAAGGCCUGCAACGUCUCGCUGCCCGACAACGCAAACGACAAGUACCACCGCCUCGUGCAGCUGGCAAAGAAGGUGUUCCACACGCGCAUGGCCGCCAUCAGCUUCAUUGACGGCGAGCACGAGCUGUUCAAGGCCGAGCACGCCCUGGGCCGGCGGUCCGUGGCGCGCGACGAGAGCAUUGGCGCGCAUGUGCUGCUGCUGUCGGGCGAGCCGAUGGUCAUUCUGGAUGCGGCAAAGGACUGGCGCCUCUCCGGCAACCCGCUCGUCGCCUCCGCGCCGCACGUCCGCUUCUACGCCGGCGCGCCCAUCGUCACCCACGACGGCCACACCAUCGGCACCUUCUCCGUCUUCGACACCACGCCGCGCAACGCCUUCUCCGUCGCCUGCCGGAGAAAGCUCAUGGACUUUGCGCGGCUGUCGAUGACGGAGGUCGAGCUGGUCAUGGAGGAGCACGGCAUGAUGCUGAGCCGGUGCACGUCCAACACCACGACGCUCGAGCGGCCCAGCAGCAGCAGCAGCAGCAGCAGCAGCUCGUUGAUGACUGCCUCGCCGCCACCCACACCCACGCCCACGCCCGCAGCGGCAGCAGUGGCGGUGCUGAAGCGCGAUGCGGCAGCACCGAUAACCCGCCCGCUGCCCCUGCGCACACAUGUGCCGCCGGCCAUCAACAUCCCGCGGGACACAAGCUGCGACCGGCAAUCGCGCACGUCGACCCGCAUCUCCACCAUGCCCACCCCGCCACACACCCCCAGCCGGCCAUUCUCAAUCUCGACCGCCGCCUCCCUCGCCCUCAGCUACAGCCACACCUUCAGCCCCUCGCCCGUCGCAUCACCGACAACGACAACAGCAGCAGCCGCGGACGGAGCAACAAUAAUCACCCACCACCCGCACCCGCACCCGCACCCCCGCGGACCACCGCCGCCCCCCGCGACGCCGGGACCCAUCACGUCGAUGGCCGAGGCGUCGUUCGCAACGUCCAUCAUCGCCCGCUCGCUCAACUACGACCUCGUGUACCUUUUGCGCGUCUCGCCCGUGCGCAGCCCUGAGCCGCAGCUGUACGACGACGCGACGGCGUGUGCGACGGACAACAUGUACACCAAGAUCCUGGUGGCGCACGGGGUGCCUGACCCGCUUCCGGUCUUCGACGCCGCGCUGCAUCUGCGUGCGCUGCGCAGCGCGGGAGGCCUGGUUUACAGGAACCCCGCGAGGAGCAGCGAGGAGGAUGACGUGGGCUAUGGGCUGGGCAUAUUGCUGCCGCUGGUGCGGGACCAGAGGGGCGAGGUGGCGGACGAGGGGUAUUGCUCCGGUGGGAGCGGGAUGGUGGGUGGGGGGGGAGGCGGUGACGGGUGUGCGGGGGGGAUUGUGCUGGCGGCGUUUACAAAGGAGGGGGGAAGGGAGGGGGCGCCGCUGUUUACGGCCGAUGAGGUGCACUGUCUGCGGGAGUUUGGGGAGGCGAUGAAGGAUAUCCUCGUCAGGGUCGAUCGGAAGUUUUAG